AUGGGUCGUACAUCUAGUAUUGUUAUUAUUGCUCUGUUAUUACAACAAUAUAUUCAAAUAACUACAGGAGUAACAUGUCAAUUUAAUCCUUGUCAACUCACUGCUGCCGAUGCUCUUAACGGUUAUUGUUGCUAUAAUAUUCCACCUAAUUAUGUAGAUGCUUUAUGUACCUGUCCAAAUAAUAUUGCACCUGUUGUUAAUGCACCUUGCCGUUAUGCUGGUAUUGGUGUGGGUGUACCCGGUAUAAAUCCAACUAUCUGUACAAAAACAUGUGUCAAUGGUGGUGUUUGCAACAUUGUUAAUGGUCAACAGGUAUGUUGGUGUCAAUUAGGUUUUAGUGGUGAAAAUUGUGAAAUUCAAGGUAUUACUAAUCGUUGUUAUGCUGGAUUAUGUCAAACAGGAACAUGUUAUGAACAAACAGUAGGAAUAACUACAUAUGCUUUUUGUCGAUGUCAACCUGGUUGUAGAGGAAUUCAAUGCAAUCAAUGUUAUUUUACAUGUCCAAAUCAAGGUGCUUUUUCUGAUACAGCACAAUGUGGAAUUGGUCGUUAUUUUUAUUGUUCACAAGCAUUUGCUAUACCUAUUGCUGCAACUUGUCCGGCUGGUCAAAAAUUCAAUCGUUUUACAAAUCAAUGUGAUAGUACAUAUCAAUGCACAUAG